AUGCCGUCAGCAGUUUUGACGGACGGUUGCAAAGCAAUGAACAAAGAAUUGGAUAAUAUUAUGCCUGGUGUUCCACAUCGUAUUUGCUCGUGGCACAUACUAAAAAAUGCAAUGCACCAUGUACACAAUAUAGCAUUCCAUCAAGAAUUGAAAAUUUUUAUUUUCAGGUAUUACAAGGAGGAAGAAUGGGAGGAUAAUUGGAAAGUGACUGUGAAUAAAUAUAGAUUGACAGGAAAUGCAUGGGUGGAAGCACAAUAUGGCACAAGAAAGCAGUGGAUCGAUACUAUUCUUUGUGGUAUUUAUUUUGGUGGAGCUACUGCUACCGGUAGAUGCGAAUCUAUGAAUGCAUUCUUGAAAAGAGAUUUGCAAAAUAAAAUACCAUUGUGGAUGUUUAUACGACACUUUGACCAUGCUUUAUCUAUGUUACGUUACAACGAGAUGAAAGAACACUACAAAACUAAUUUGACUGAACCAUUUUUGAACCAGACAACUAUGUCGUGUGUGGAGGAUGAAAUUUCUUCAAUUUUCACAAGGGAAAUUUUUACAAGGAUAAGAAAGGAGAUACGAUUAAAGCGCAAAGUGUUAAUCUCCAACGAUGGGGAUGAUGUGCGAUGUGAUUGCUAUUUUCUUGAGACAAAAGGAAUUCCAUGUAGACAUAUUUUUAUUUCAAUGAAGAAUUUGGAGAGAAGAAGUUUGCCAAUUUGUUUGGUAAAUAGACGUUGGCUAAAAGAUGCUAAAGAAGUUCAACUGCUAACUCAAGGUAAUGAAAGAAAGUGUCCUCAUCCUGAAGUUAUUGAAAAUUCUAGGUAUGGUGGUGUAACGACACAAACUACUAUCACGCCGUACCUUGCUACAAGAUCGCAAGAAGCAUUUCAAAAGGCUAUGAAAGUUAUAUCAAAGUUGAAUGCAGAAUUGGAAAAAAUGCCACCAGAUGAAGAGUUAAAACAUCCUCAAAAUGAUGAAGGAGUAUUUCCUAAUAAUAUUUUGGACUCUCAAAUAAAAAAUACAAAAGGCAGACCAACUACAGCCAGUUUGUCGAAAUCAUUCUCUAGAGGUGCAAAGAAGAGAAAACCCAAAAAAUCGCUAUUACAUUACAAGUAUUGUGGUGAGGUUGGACAUGAUUCAAGGAAUUUUCCUAUGCAGCCAAAGUCCACUACAAAGAAAAAUGGUCAUUAG